CUUUAUUUGGCUCCCUUACCUUCUUCUCUCCUUCUUCAGUCGUAUCCCUUAUUUCCUUUGACAUAUAAAGCAUCAACCCUCCAUGGAUGUUUCUCUCACUUUCUUCUAAAACAUACCUACCACCAUGGAAGUUGCUCCAACCAUGGAUUUCGACUUCAGUUCUUCAUCAUGCACCGGCGGUUACUACACUAGUGCUCCGUCGAGCCCCACACGACUGACAGAGUUGUAUUGCGGCUUCGAUGAGUUGUUAAUCUCCGCAGGAACUCACCGGAGCAGUUCUCUUGCCACCGUUCCAUUUGCUUGGGAAGAGAAACCCGGCGUUCCGAAGGCAUCCGCAAACUUAUUCGAAGAUGAUUUUUCAUUUGAUGUAAGUUUCCAUCUCCCCAGGGAUUCAAUCUCGGCUGAAGAUUUAUUCCACGGUGGUGUAAUCAAGACCGGUGAUCCUCCCCGAGAGAAGACGACAGAGAGAGAAAGAGGACGAGAGAGAGGCGUUUCUCCAUCUUCAUCUCGUUUACCUUCAUCGAGAAGUAGAAGAACAAGAUCGAUGUCUCCAAUCGGGGGCUCAGAUAAUCGUCGUCAGCAACAACCAAUAGCCAUGGAUACAAAACCACCAUCCAUUUCAGUGUCGUCAAGUACUCCUGAUUGUUCGUCGGAAAAUGGGUCGAGAAAAUGGAGCUUCAGGGAUCUGUUCUUGUUCAGAAGUGCUUCAGAUGGGAGAGCAAUGGACAAAUACCCUUUGAAGAAAUACUCAACCAUCUUCAGGAAACAGGAUCAAGAUUUUAGUAACUCAUCCAAAUCUGGAUCCAUUUCAAAGAGAAGAGGACAGGUGUCGGCUCACGAGUUACAUUACAAUAUGAACAGGGCAGUUGCGAAUGACAUGAAGAAGAAAACAUACUUGCCAUACAAACAAGGCAUUUUAGGAGGACUGUCCUUCAAUGCGUAGGAAGAUGUGCAAAAUGUCUCCGGAAAACAUUGAUUUCAACUAUAGCAAGAAAGUUUGAUUUAGGUGGUUUGAACUCGGCUAUUGUUGUUAAGUUUGUUAUUGGCUUAUUGUAUGUACAUAUAUAGGAUACUUGUAUUUAAUUUAUAUGGAUAUUAUCAAUUAGUAUUAUCCUCAAUUACUCUUUUAA